UGAAUGUCCACGGAGGGACGUGCUGACAUCAAGAUCAGCAGCUUGGCUUCACAUGACCCAUCUGCUGCUGCUGCUGGUGCAUCCAUAGCAACUCAUGGAGGUAAGCGCCAACCACGACAGAACAAAAGAGAGAGGAGCAGCUAUUUCAGAUCUUUCGUUGGUUUGCAGAUGUCUGGCGGUGCUGACGAGAAUGCCGGCAAGCGGCCUCGUGUGGACAAUAUUGACUCAUCGCCAGCUGCUGCUGCUGCUGGAGGUGGGAAGAGGGACCCAUGAAGGGAACAGACCGACUCACUCUUUGAUGGCCGGCUGCCUUUGUUGUGAUGCUCUCUCUCUCUCUCUCUCUCUCUCAGGUGGUGGAUGUAGCACUGGUGUAGCUGUAGAUGGCGGGCAGCCCUCGGACCAAGGGGUGCAUCCCGUCAUAGACUGGGUCAGCAGCACAACCACCUGCAUGGACGACACACGCAGACACACACACUUGAUGGCUCUGUGUGUGUCCGUGUGUUCGUUCAUUCCAUCAGGCCGACAGGGCGAAUGUCCGUCGGCUGGUCCCCUUGUUGAAGAAGAUCAAAUCGCUCGAGGUGCAGACGGCGACCGUGCUGUUAAAGGUGCGACCACUCGUCACUCCCACACUGGCCGACAAGGUACACACACACACACACACACGCCCUUCUCCUUCUGUUUGUGAGUGGUGAUGUGUGUUGGCAGGUGCCCGGCCUGUCGAGUAAGCUGAUGACGGUGGAGCAGUCGGUGGCGUUGCGACACGACACGCUGCGGGGUCUCAUCAAGACACUCGACAGCGUCAAAGUCGCCAAGCCGCCACUCCCUCACCCCAUCGCCAACAAACCCCUCCCACCAGACACCACAAUAACCCAGGCAAGCCACACAUCAGACCAGCCCAAAGAUCCUCACACAUGACAUGUGCGCCCCUGUGUGUGUGGUCAGCUCGGUCGUCCGUGUCUGGACGGCCUGCCGCCCGACGUGGCGCACGACGUGUUGGCCUUCAUGCCCACCAAAGACGCCGCGCCCCUCUCCCGCGUCAACCAGGCCAUCAAGCAGCCCGUCACCGACGACACCAGGGGCGUGUACCGCCAUCUGGUCAUUGGUGUGGACGAGCGAGAGUGGUGGGAUGAGGGCAUUCGGAGCAAUGCCAGGCGGAAGCGCGAGGACCGGCAGAGACCUCGAUACACUGAAGCAGAAACUGGUGUGCCAGCGCAUUCCACCAGCCAUCGAGCGGCCGGGGAGGGAGCAUGUUCUGGUUCUUGGUCAGGGUCGGCUGCGGACGGUGCACAUUAGCUCUCAUUGGAAGGGCCUCGACUUCCCUCUCGACUGCAUCGAGGCCUCCCGCGACACAGUGAGGAGCAUGAAGCUCUACGAGAAGAGACUCGAGAACGACUACGACCUCUCGGGCUUUGAGGAUUACGACUACAGCGUGCCGACUUCACCGUCCACUGUGGCCUUCUCACAGCUGGAGGACCUCUACGUCGAACAGUGGCCAUAUGAUUACGGGUGAGCAGCGGGUGUCUGACGGUCACAGGCAGCUGUGAUGUGUGUUUAUCAUCCCCUCUCUCUCCCUCUCUCUCUCACACACACUGUGUGUCUGUGUGUGUGUGUGUGUGCGUGUGUGUGUGUGUGUGUUCAGGCUGAGGCGUCGCCGUGGGUAAGCAUCAGUGUUCUUCAUGGUCACACAGCUGCUAUGCACUGAUCAUCCCCUCUCUCUCUCUGUGUGUGUGUGCGUGUGUGUUUGUUUAGGUUCCGAGGGUGGCGAUUCCCAUCGCUCCUUCGCCUGCGAGCUCGGGGGUCUUCUUGGGGGAUGAGUGACAUCAUGGAGCAUGCCCCCAAGCUCAAGUCACUGUGUAAGCAGUCACAGUUCUCACAUGCAGCUGCUGCACCCAUGGAUGACUUCUCUGACCCUCCCACCUGUCUGCAGCGAUCGACUGCCUGUUUUUUGACUUCGAUUCCCUCGUUCUGGGAUGCCCGCACCUCACCGACAUCGAGUUGGUGCAGGUGUGCCCCUAUGAAUUCACGUCGACACUGGGCAAGCUGAAGCGUGCUCUCGACCCCAUCUGGACCAAAGAUAGCCUAAAGGGUGCGCCAGCCACCGAGCGAGAACAGACAGAGGAGCCAUCGACAGCGGGCUGGCCGCAAUGUUCUUUGUGGCUGUGUGCAGACGUUGAGAAGAGGCUCGGCCUGGAGUUCGACGGCAGGAUCUCCGUCCCCUUCACCGACCAUCUGCUCCGCCCCACAGGCCGUGAUCAGAUCGGCCUCCCUGCCUUCCUCGACUGGGCAGGUAAGUCGGUACGACAAACCGACAAAUGGACAAACAGGAGGAUUGCAAUGCUGUGCAUCUCUGUUGAAUGUGUGGGUUUGUCUGCAGCGUCGGUCAACUGCAUGGUCGACUGGAGGGCGAGUGAGGUUCGUGUCGACUGCUCCAGGGACCUCGUCACUUCCCCUCCUGCACCCACUGGCUUCAUGACCAAACUGAUCAAAGACAUCAGCAGCACAGCCAAACACGUGAGCAACGCAGCACCAAGACUAGAGGCCGCAAAGAGACGCACAUUCACCCCUGCUCCUUGUCUGCCACGGGUGUACGGUUGGAUACACGCAGGUGACUCUGCAGUGUGGCGGGAAGCCUCUGCACCCGUCGUGGGCCGGCCUGCUGGUCUUCACCAAGGCCACUUCUCUCACGGUGGCGGGCCUGACGUCAUCCCGGGCGUUGUCGAGUGUGCCGCAGUGGAUGGCAGCCAAGAGCGACACCACCGGUGGCAAUCGCCACCUGCCCAACAUCACCACCCUCCACCUCGGCUUCGACGGGGGUGUGUGUGAUGACGUGCCUGCGGGGCCCGAUGGCCUUCGUGCGCUGUUGGGCAUAUUAGAUAGGCUCACGACAGUCAGUCUGACCUGCUUGUCGAACAUGGGCGUGGCAGCGUUUUGCCUAUCGCAGCUGCCCCCCACUGCCAAGCUAGAGAGCGUCGACGUGGUGGCAUUGGAUUGCAGCUCAGAUGUGCCCGCCAUCUCUGCCUGCACCCGAUACCCUCACAUCGCUUCCAUGACUGUCGAAGUGAUCGUUAGCAAAACGAUAGAUGAGAUUGCGUCUGGCGUCGCGUUGAUCGCUGCUGUGCGGCCUGCAACCGCUCGUCUGAAAGCGUCUGUCGGUCUGAGUGCUCUGCACAAUCGGGAGGGGUGUGAGAGCAGAGAGGCCGAGUUGCGUUCAGUGGUGGAGCAUUGCAUCGACCAGGCAGAGACAGCCCACUAUGGGCUGGUUGCCGAUGACAGCGAGUCGGGUGCGUAUGUAGAGUAUGUAGAGCUGCAGCUGGUGAGGCUGCCAACGCAUUCCUGACAUGUCUAUGAUGACUAGCUAGCUGUACAGAACAUCGUGUCUAGCGGGGACGGCUGGCUGUCUGGCGUGUGGUGACUGGAUGCUAUGCGAGUUGGCUAUUUCUGCACUCUGCCUUUCCUCGACCGAUCAGUGUGUGGGUGACGUGUUGAUGCAUUCGAUCAUACGUGGCUGCAGUGACACUGUUCGUGCUUAUCGCUAUCAAGCCUUCUCUGGCUGU